GGGGCCGGGCGGGAAGAUGGCGGCCACCAAGCGGGUGCUGUACGUGGGCGGGCUGGCGGAGGAGGUGGACGAGAAGGUGCUGCACGCUGCCUUCAUCCCGUUCGGCGACAUCACCGACAUCCAGAUCCCGCUGGACUACGAGACGGAGAAGCACCGCGGGUUCGCCUUCGUGGAGUUCGAGCUGGCGGAGGAUGCAGCAGCAGCUAUUGACAACAUGAACGAGUCUGAGCUCUUUGGCAGGACAAUUCGUGUGAAUUUGGCCAAACCAAUGCGAAUUAAAGAAGGAUCCUCCAGGCCUGUCUGGUCGGACGACGAGUGGCUGAAGAAGUUUUCAGGGAAGACUCUAGAGGAGAACACAGAGGAGACAGGAGCAGAGGGCCCCAAGCCAGAGGUGCAGGAGGGGGAGCCUCCUGCCAAGAAAUCCCGGGUGAACCCUCAGGUUUUCAUGGACAUCAAGAUCGGGAACAAGCCGGCGGGGCGGCUGCAGCUGCUGCUGCGCUCAGACGUGGUGCCCAUGACGGCGGAGAACUUCCGCUGCCUCUGCACCCACGAGAGAGGCUUCGGCUUCAAAGGGAGCAGCUUCCACCGCAUCAUCCCCCAGUUCAUGUGCCAGGCCGGAGACUUCACCAACCACAACGGCACCGGCGGCAAAUCCAUCUACGGGAAGAAGUUCGAUGAUGAAAACUUCAUCCUCAAACACACGGGACCAGGGCUGUUAUCCAUGGCAAACUCUGGCCCAAACACCAACGGCUCCCAGUUCUUCAUCACGUGUGACAAGACGGACUGGCUGGACGGGAAGCACGUGGUGUUCGGGGAGGUGACGGCCGGCAUGGACGUGGUGCGGCACAUGGAGGCUCAGGGCACCAAGGAUGGGAAACCAAAGCAGAAGGUGAUUAUCUCAGACUGCGGGGAGUGCCCCUGAGGUCAUGGAGAAGGGGUCUGAGUGGAGUGAGCUUGGCCAGGAGGGGCCAGAGAGGCACAGCCCCAGGGCCCCCAGCAGUGCCCAGCUCCUGGCAGUGCCCAGCUCCCAGAGCUGCUGUGGAAGUUCCCCUGCAAGGCUUGGUGGUUUUGUGCCUGUGGCUCUGUCCCACCAGCCUGUGCAAUCCUGCACUGCCCCAGGGCUGGUUCUGCCCCAGGGUUGGUUCUGCUCCUGCAUUUCCCAAAAGAGUUUUAUGUUUGAUACAAAUAAAAUGGCUUUAAAACUCCUGA